CUCGACACUUCGAAAAAAGUUCUCCAGAAGCGAGUAUCAAUCAGAGCGGAGAAAGAAAGACACAGACAGAGGAAUAUAAAGUGGAGCCACACCAAACUAGAAGAUAUAUGAGCGAAAUACAGCUCGAAGCGAGGCGAAAACACUUUAGGAAUGGCCUUGUACGUGUCCAGGAUCUUUAAACGUGCGAAUUAGAUGUUCAUUUGGAUUAUUUUUGUCACUGGAGAACUUUUUGAACUUGUACAAUCAUUGUGCGUGUCUACGCCUGCUCUGUACUCGGUGCUUGCGGAAGGCGCUGUUAAGAUUCACUCUCGGCUGGAUUUGCCGUGGGAGAGAUGAGCGAGAGGAGGCGAUCGGCCGCCGCGCUGAGCUCCAGAGCGCACGCCUUCUCGGUGGAGGCCCUCAUCGGCUCCAACAAAAAGCGCAAGCUCCGAGGCUGGGAGGAAAAGGCUCUCGAGCUCUCUAUGGAAAACCUCGCAAGCAACGGACAGCUGGGAGACGGAGAAGACACCGGUCAGUGCCUGGAUAUCGACCCGGAUUGUGAGGCCAGUCCAGGCUCGGAUGGCGAGGUGAUGCCGGAGAGAUCGUCGUGCUCGCUCGGUAGCCCUGCGGAUCUGAACCCCGCCGCAUCUAUGGAUGAGAUCCAGGUGGAGCUUCAGUGCGCGGACCUGUGGAAGCGCUUUCACGACAUCGGCACGGAAAUGAUCAUCACCAAGGCAGGAAGGAGAAUGUUUCCUGCCAUGAGAGUUAAAAUUCUGGGGCUGGAUCCACAUCAGCAGUAUUAUAUAGCCAUGGACAUAGUACCUGUGGACAACAAGAGAUACAGAUAUGUUUAUCACAGCUCAAAGUGGAUGGUGGCUGGAAAUGCAGACUCUCCUGUGCCUCCGCGUGUGUAUAUCCAUCCAGAUUCACUGGCCUCCGGGGACACGUGGAUGAGACAGGUGGUCAGCUUUGACAAACUGAAACUCACCAAUAAUGAGCUGGAUGACCAAGGACAUAUCAUCCUACACUCCAUGCACAAGUAUCAACCUCGUGUUCAUGUGAUCCGGAAGGACUUCAGCAGUGAGCUUUCUCCUACUAAACCAGUGCCAUCCGGGGAAGGUGUGAAGACUUUCAGCUUCCCUGAAACUGUUUUCACCACCGUCACAGCGUAUCAAAACCAACAGAUUACCCGACUAAAAAUCGACCGCAACCCGUUUGCAAAAGGUUUCAGGGACUCGGGGAGAAACAGGACAGGCCUGGAGGCAAUCAUGGAAACAUAUGCCUUUUGGAGACCACCUGUGAGGACGCUUACAUUUGAGGAUUUCACUAACAUGCAGAAACAGCAAGGAGGGAGCACUGGCACAUCUCCUACUACCUCGAGCACUGGUACACCAUCUCCUUCAAGCGCGUCUCACCUUCUCUCACCCUCAUGCUCUCCUCCUACCUUCCAUCUUGCUCCCAACACCUUCAAUGUGGGCUGCCGGGAAAGCCAGCUCUGUAACCUGGGGUUAUCUGAGUAUCCUGCCUGUGCCAGAAGCAAUAUGCCAACCUUGCAGGGCUACGGAGGACUGGCUGAUGGAUCCUACGGCCGUCUCCAGUCAGCAGGUGGCAGCAUGGCCCCCACCCAGCCUUCAGACUCUUUUCUGCCCCAGAGGACUUCCUCUUUAAUCGCAGCAGGCAUGCAGGGCAGCCCUCACUCCUCAUUGCCCACCAGUAGCAAUGGCGGAUGCAGCAGCGGUGGCAAAAUGGAUGCUUAUGGAAGUCAGUUGUCGUCUUUCCCCACCUCACAGCUCCAGUACGUGAUGCAGGCAGGGGCAGGUACGGCCUCUGGCUCGUCCUCUUCUCCAGGGACUUCCCCUUCCUCGGCACACAUGUUUUCCGGGAGUCAUCACCACAUGCAGCAGGGCUCAUAUAAUGCCUUUUCCUUGCACAAUCCCUACAACCUCUAUGGAUACAACUUCCCAGCUUCCCCACGCUUGGCCACCAACUCAGAGAAAUCUCAGGCCAGCCUACUGUGCUCAUCCUCUUCUGCCGGGGCCUUUGCUGAGCGUCAGUACCUAUCCAGUGGCAGCAUGGACAGCAUGCACAUGAUAGGAAACCCCGGCAGUAGUCAGCAGGUGUCCACAGCUUGUGAUGGUCGCCAGUAUGGCUCCUCCUCUCAGAUGUCUAUGCACAUGGUUUAAAAGAACGAAAACCAGGUUUAAACGUUGAGUGUCACCAGAGCAAGAAGUCAUAUCAAACUGUUUCAUCUAUUUGUCUGCUAUCAUAGAAUUUUGACAUUAAAAAAAAAAAUCAGAUUGUUACUGAUGGACAAAGUUAAAACAAAUCUUGGAUCCUUUUAAAAAGGAGCUAAUCAUCUCAUGUGCAGACUUUAAAUCACUAAUCAGACGUACAUGGACAGCAUAAAUGUGUUAUUUAUGUCAUUUUUCUUUAUGAUACAUGCCAAAAAUAGGCUAAUACAUUUUAGAUCAUAUGAACCUGUAUUUCUGUAUUUUCCAGUCUCAAUCCAAUGCAGUAUCUUAUGAAGUCUUUAUCUUAGGAGGGUGCUCUUCAAGGAUUCUUGUGAGAUUUGGUGCAAUAAUGGACUCUUAUCACACGCAUCUUUUAAACAAUGGACAUUCAAAGCUGAACUAGAUGUUGUUUUGUCAAACAAUAAAAAGCAGAUCAAUCUGCUUCACAACAAAGUAAUUUCAGAGAAAUGGAAACAUUAUGCAGUGUUUUUAGUGAAUAUUAUUCACCCGUGAUAAUAAGUGGGAAAAGUUACCCUGAAAGACACUGAUGGGCAGGAACAAGAUUUGGUCAAUUGGAUUUGAUUACUUUUGGUCAAUUUUAACCUUGCCUAUUUUAUUAGAAGUUACUUAACUAAAUUUGGAGUGUAUCACCUUUUAGACACUAAGCUUUAAUGUUGAUGUGUGGAAAAUAUAGAAAACCAGAAUAAUAAAUGUAUGUUUUGGAGUGCUAUAGAAGUGUAAAGUAUUUAAGUGCUACGUGACAAAACAAAUGUGCAGUAAAUAUAAGUGCCAAGCACAAAACCUUACCGAUGCAAUUCAAUUCCUACAAAUUACACUAUUUGGCAGCCUGUGAAAAAAAUGAAGAAGCAACAUUUAUUCUUUCAACUGAUUGUGAAUUAUGUAUAUCAACGUGGUAAAGAAGGGACAAUCAUUUGCUUCCCAAAUAUGCAGGAGAUGUAAAUAGUGGGUCAUAAGCUUGUUAUUAAAAUCCAAUUUUUGUGAACAUUUUGUGAAAUAAAGAACUUAUCUGUCAGGACUUUAAAGACACAAACCAAAGCCUGUGUUCUGACAUUUUCAAAUGCUGUACAAGCCACUUUUACAACAACUGUUGAAAGAUCAAGCGUGGAAGUGAUGAGACAGGGCAGUUCCCUUCUCAUCCAGCAGGAACGAAAUCGUGGUGUUCUGGAUUGGUCAGUGAAUGUAAAUCUGUGUCUCCUACAAACAUAUCUUAUUGCCAUAUGCAUGAGACAGAGUAGGUCCAUGAGGAUCAGAAAUGA